GCUCUAUUUUUCGAAAGAAGUUGUUUCUUCAAUGACUUCACUGUGCUCUUUCAUCAAACUCAGACUGAACGCUCCUUGUGCUGCAAUUUUAAUUGUUCUUCCCCUACGUCCGCGACUAUCAACGUAUUAAAGUCAUUCAAAAAUUCUUUUCGGUAGAAUUGGUAUAUCUUUCCGAGCUCUUGUAGUUUUAUAUAACGUUCUUCGUCUCUCUUUUCAUAUUUAUGCAAAUGGAUAAGCACCUUUUCUAGAUACUAUAGAAUUGUCUUUCUGGUCUUAUUCGUUGCAAGCUUCUCAAGUAGUCAUUUGUCCUCAAAAUGCUGUCAUGUACCCUGAGAUACUUCUACGCUUCCACGUAAAGGUAUAAACAACAGAAACACGUCUGAAACGCUUAUGAAAAGUAGUUUAGAGACGACAGUUUAUGCCUUAACAAUAAAGUAGAGUCAAAGGUCGUGACUGGACGUGGGCAAAGCAUUCACCCUAACAAGCCUUACUUCGUCUUUCCAGAGUCGAAACAGUUAGGAUGCCAGGCUAUUUGUACGAUUUGCCAAUGGGUCCAGAGACACCGUGAACUGUUUGAUGAGAAGCUGCAGUGUAUCUAUAAUUUGUACACUGAAGUUGACGAAGCUGGGAGCUCUAUUCGUUGACUUUAGCUAAUUAACUAUACUCAGAAUCAGACCCAUCUGCAGGUAUUACAGGUGGUCCUGAAAUUAUUCAGUUCUGCAAGCUUCAUAGGGGUUGACUUUGUAGGGAUGGGAAUUGAAUCAUUCUUUUUGGCCAGUAGAAGAGUCUUCGAUGUACUUGAUUAUAUUAGAAAGUAUUAAUAGCUCGAGGACGCAAAUCUGUACGUGAGAUCCGUAUGUGUUCAAGGACACAGAAUGCUGGAAGCAAGAGUGCAAAUUGCACAAGGGUCUCUGGUAUGUGUGGCAUGACAAAGAGGUGAAACGCAUGUAAAUGGUCAGAUUGGAAUGUACAAUCAUGGAGGUUUCAUGAUUAGCUUUUCAGUAGUACGAUAAUCCCGCUUGUCUCGCCGGGUUCCUGACGUGCUCGACUUCCCAUCGUACGAAGAUGAAUAGUUAAGACUUUUGAUGCCAAUCUCAUAAGUGCUUUGAAGUCGGAUAUGACCUGUGCAUUGGCGCUACAUUCUUGUGAUCGGCCUCUAAAUUUGCAAAGCAAGGAUAUUCGAAACUUCUCAACAAAGCAGUUGAAGCAUAUGCUGAAUUUUCGAGCAAUUUCUGAUAGGCAUGAUGAUGCAGGUAGUACUACUAGGUUAUGUUCUCAUUAUGAACAUUGUAUUGUAUGGGUACAUUAUAAUCAUUAUCGAGUCUGGGGCUACAAACUGUUGAAUAGUUGGGGUCACGGUGAAGAUCUAAUGGUGGAGCAGGGACUUUGAUGCAUUAAUUUGUCGCUCUGCCCCAGGAGGAGCUUAGGAAGUCAGUGUUUGCCACUUUCCUAUUUUCUGACUACUUCAAGGAAUUCAACCUUCGAGCGAUCGGGUUUUGUUCUUGUUCUGCUUAGGAGUUGUCUACGGCAGAAGCAAAAACGGCUUUGUUCGGGUUGUAAAAAAUGCUGCAUAAAUAUUCCUGACAGGCACUAUUUUUGAUCAGGACUAAGGAUGCGGAUUGCUUUAUUAAUUAUGACCUAUUCAAAAAUUGUCAUAGAAAUUUUCGCGAUCGGGAUCUCCUUCUGGAAAACAUUCUUAAAGUCACUCCAAUAUUUUGGAGCAUCUCGACCGAAGCGCUUCUCAUUUUGCCAUAUUUAGGGUCUUGUGCAUUGUUGUGAACUCUACAAGGGUUUAUGCAUAGAUGUUGCUUCCGAACGCUCUCUCUUUACCAAUUGAAAAACAAUUGUCUUCAAGCCUGAUGGGCUCCAGUCUGCUCUGACUCACGAAGUGAACAUAUAUGAGAGUCGGCCUUGGCUGGCGGGUCAUCUGACCUGCUUUUACGAACAAUCAUAAGAAAAUUGUGUUCUUCUGCAAGAGACUUGUGAUGUCUGCGCCGAAGGCGAGGUGACAUGUGCUUUAGGGGGCGCGCCGCACGAAACGAUGGUAAAGUUUGCAAAGCAGUUGGAAUUACAGCUGGUACCAGAAUGGAGAGGAGCGUAUUGUCAGUAUAAAACUUUGAAAAAGAGCAUAAACAAAAUAAAAGAAAAUCCUCUGGAUAUCUCAGAUGGUCCUGGAUUAAAUUCUUUCUCAGGAAAUCCUCUGGAUCGUGGGCACAGUUGUAGGAAAAGCUUUUGGUCUCACAUUGAUCUUAUUCAGGUGCAUGGUAGGAAGCCGGAGAUUGGAGAUUACUACGUCUACGAAACAGAGUUACUCGGACCAAUUGCUCAUUCCGAAUAUGACCAAGCUUUUUUUAAAAGUCUCGAUGCACAACUUAAUAAAGUGAACGAAUUUUAUAAACGGAAAGAGGAUGAGUUUAUACAACGAGGCGCUAUUUUAGAUAAGCAAAUAUGUGCACUGACUGGUGUGAAGAAGCUGCUGGAGCAGGGUCGUAUCAGACAGGACGGGUAUGGUACGAGUGGAAGGCAAUCCGAACUUGGGGACGCUCAGGAAAACAUGGAGGGAGGCUUCUAUGACCAGAAUGUCGACCUCCUUGAAUCCAUCGCCAAAGCCACGUUUGCUGCAAGUGGGUUACCCACCUUACCCCUGCGACGAAGGACGAUUGAACCAGUGGAGUCAAGUUCACUCGGGUCUACUUCAAGUCCAGCCUCAACGGAGGUUUCUGUAGGCAGCAUGUCAAGGAAUUCACAGUAUACAAGCAGAAACCAAGUGAGGCUCAUCAUUCCACGCACUACUCCUGCAGCUACUCUUGCAGCCCUUGCACAGAUGCUUUGGGAGGACGUCUUCCGACAGUCUAAAAAAGCUUCAACAUUGUACAGAGGACGAGAAGACUAUAUUGUGAGCCAGAAGAAGAUUCAAAGUGCUACGCUCAUGUUACGUGCGGCUUAUGUUGAGUUCUAUCGUGGGCUUGGUUUGCUGAAGAGCUACAGUUCGUUGAAUGUGCUUGCAUUCGCCAAAAUCAUGAAGAAGUAUGAUAAGGUGACUAGCUUGUGUGUAGCUGAAAAGUACAUGCAUCACGUGGAGCGGACUUAUGUCAACAGCUCUGACAAAGUUGCAGUCCUAAUGGACAGAGUUGAGGAGAUAUAUACGGAGCAUUUUACAGGAGGUCAUCGGCGGCAGGCAAUGGCUGCAUUGAGGCCCAUGCAACAAUCAGCGUCUCAUCAUGUGACAUAUUUUCUUGGCUUCUUUACUGGAUGUUCCGUCGCACUCAUAGCGGCAUUCGGGGUCCUUCUUCGUCUAGGCGGGGAUUACAGCGACAAAGGCCGAGUUAGUUAUCUGCACACAAUUUUCCCUACUUUCAGCAUGCUAGCGCUUGUCCUCCUACACAUGUAUCUCUACGGAUGGAACAUCUUUUUAUGGAAGCGUGCUCGAAUCAAUUAUGCCUUCAUCUUCGAGUUUUCACCUGGUUCAGAGCUAAGAUACAGGGAAGUUCUUCUCGUGUGUACAGCGUUGACCACUUUAGUAAUUGGAGCCAUGGUGGUUCAUCUGAGCAUUCACUCUACGCUCAUUCCAGGACAAGCAUCCCCGUAUAUUGACCUCAUUCCUGUUACAGUAAUGCUGAUAUUUUUGGCGUUAUUGUUAAAUCCUCUGAAUAUAUGUUACCGCUCCAGCCGCUUCUUCUUUUUAAACGUGUUCUUGCGUAUUAUCUGUGCGCCACUUUCCAAGGUAAUGCUGGCCGAUUUUUUCGUUGCAGACCAGUUAACGAGCCAGGUGUCGACGUUGAGAAAUUUAGAGUUCGUGCUGUGCUACUACUGCGGUGGAUAUUUUCUAAGCAGGAAUAGCGAGGCCUGCACUAAGAGCAAGCGGUUUGAUCAUUGGACGUAUGUUAUAGCUUUGUUACCCUAUUGGUGGCGGUUUUGGCAGUGUUUCAGACGCUGGGCUGAGGAGAAAGACUUUGUACAUUUGGCGAAUGCCGGGAAGUACUUAUCAGCUAUGGUUGCAGUAGCGUUGAAAAUAACCUAUUCCAAGAACUCAUCUGUAGGAUUGUUGGUUACAUUUUUCAUUGCGUCAACAAUUGCGACUAUUUAUCAAGUAUAUUGGGACACAUUCGUUGAUUGGGGACUUCUUCGUCGAGACUCCAAGAAUAGAUGGUUGAGAGACGAGCUCCUUUUGAAGCGAAAGUGGAUAUAUUUUGCAUCGAUGGCACUAAAUGUUUUCCUUAGAAUGGCGUGGUUACAAUCGAUGACACAUUUUACAUUUGGAUCGCUAGACAGCUCUGUUAUGAACUUCUUAUUUGCGGCUCUUGAGAUCUUGCGUCGAGGCCACUGGAAUUUCUACAGAUUAGAAAAUGAGCAUUUAAACAAUGUGGGUAGAUAUCGAGCAACCAAGCAAGUCCCGUUGCCUUUUGAGGAUACCACCUCAGAAAUUUAGCAGCUCCAAUUUUCCUUGCCCUUCCCGAGAUGAAUUUGGGAUUCAAAAAUCAAGUUGCUGCUCAGCUUAUAUAUAGCAUCAAAACCGGGUUAUAGCUUCAUCGCAUGGCCCUCUUUGCCAGACAAAGCAACAUAUACCCUUCGCUAGGACAGAGAUACGCACACACAGCCUCAUCCACCCAAUUCAUGAUCAUCAUGGUCAAUAGUUUCAUUGUCUGAGGCAUUAUUUUGCUCAGAAAUUCACUCCUCAUAGCGUAACCUGUACCUAGUUUAUGCUGCACUGUGAACCACCGAUCGAAACUUGACAGAUAAGACAUUGAGUUCCGACAACUGAUACAAGGCCAGCUCGAGUUUGUAAGAGCAAACAGUAGACUUCAUAGCUACAAAUACAACCGCAGAUUGAUUGUGAAAGCCUCAACACGGGGAGUUUUCAGUGACAGAAUAAGGAACCGACAUCACUGGCUCAGAGUGUACGGACCGCAACAGCUGAGAUUGGGCUCUUCUAUCGGUACAAUCUAAGCUUUUGAAUCUCGAGGUAUAUUCUGGCACAAAUGUCAGUCCUGGAAGAAGAAUUUUUGUUGUCUUUCUUUUUUACUAUUAAAAAAAAAAAAAAAAAAAAAAAAAAAACUGCACAAGCAUCUUUCUUUGAGAAAAGAAGUUACAUGGUACACUCUUUUAACAAACCUGGACGCAUAUCAUAUUUUCUAGUAAUACAGGAAGGGAAGGUUUUUGCACUUUAUGAUAUCAAACUGAACUUGACAGUUUUUAUACUAAGUGUUUCUGAUUAAAAAAAAAACUAUAUUCUUAUUUUUGAAA